UAGAUGAUAAAUUGCGCAGCGCAACCAAAAUUAGACUUACACUCACUUCAUGCUUCAUCACUAACCCUCGCAAUAUCAGCUGGAUAGGAAGCAUCAUGGAUGUGGGUGGAGUGAUUUACACGGUGGUGGAAGUGCUCAUUGCUGUUAGCUGCUGCCUGGGUAACUUGUUGGUGAUUUUGGCUCUGUGGACCAGUAAAAGCAUCCAACAACCCACUUUCUGCCUCAUUGUCUCUCUGGCUGUGGCUGACCUCAUGGUUGGAUGUGUAGCCAUUCCGAUGGCGGUGUUGGUGGAUGGACAAGUGAAGACUACAUUCCACACCUGUCUCUUCAUCAGCUGUGUGGUCAUCCUGCUGACCCUUGUUUCAGUCCUGUGUCUGCUGGCCAUUGCUGUGGACCGUUAUCUCCGGGUGUAUAUCCCUCUGAGGUACAAGAAGACUGCAUCACAGAGACAUUCUUGUCUUGUGGUGGCUGCAUGUUGGCUUGGUGCAAUACCGCUGAGCUUUGCACCCAUGUUUGGAUGGCACAAAUCAGAAAAACUUUCUUCCAAUUCUUCCUGCCAGUUUAUAAAAGUGAUUCCAAUGUCCUACUUGGUUUACUUCAAUUUUUUCUUGUGUACCUUAACACCUCUGUUGGUGAUGAUUGUAUUGUACAGCUGCGUCUUCUAUAGCAUUCGAAAAAACCUUCGAGAAAGACCUGGAAAUAGUUUCCAAAAACUGUCAGAAAACUACCUAAAAAAAGAGAAACAGCUGGCAGCAUCUUUGUCUGUGGUCUUGGCCCUGUUUGCCCUGUCCUGGCUCCCUCUCCACAUAAUGAACUGCAUUCACUACUUAGAAAUAAAUAAUGUACCACAAACAGCUUUCUAUGUCGGCAUUGUGCUUUCUCAUGCUAACUCAGCUGUCAACCCAGUUGUGUAUGCAUUCAAAAUUCCAAAGAUUAAAACAGCAUAUGUGAAGAUCUGGAAACGAUUUAUUUCAUGUUCAGCAGAAAAUCAAAGUUCUCAGACAAGCCAGACAACAGACAACAAUCCCAGCAGUAACAGUAUUACCUGUAAUAAUUAAGACUGAUUUCCAACCUAAUUUGUUUUUUAUUCAAGGGCACUUUUUUUUCCCCCCUUUGGGGUCACUUUUGUUUGACAGCUUUUUAAUGUUAUGUAAACAUCUUUUAUCUUUUUAAUCCAAAAGCAGUAUUUUUUACUGAUGCAUAUGACAUGCAGUGGCUCUGUACAGAAAAAGUAAACAAAUGUUGCUCUGAACACUGAAUGAUCUGUUUUUUUUCUAUAUCCUGUGAAUGUCUGUCUGGAUUGCAAAAACCUGUCUUGCAGAGAAAAAACUGCAACUUCCACCUUACUUUUAUUUAAAAGUUUUUGUUUUCACACUAAGUUUCAUAUCGUUUUUUCACUGUGUUUCAGUUCAAGUUCCAGUUCUGCAUGUGUUUGAUAGAAAGUGCUAAAAUGGCAGUAAGAGAGUUUACAUACUCAGCUCAACAAUUCUUAAAUCCUGCUUAGUGCUGAACAGCUAAAAUUGCCUGCAACAACAAAAGGGUUACAUGUCAGCAUUUAAAAAAGAACAUGUUUGUUCUUUUUAAAACAGCGUGACUUGAAAAUUUGCUCAUUAUGCUUUAAAGGUUUUUCUAUUGCAUACUUUUCUACGCCACACUUGUUAAACCAAGUCUUCAAUGACUAUUUCAGAUAAUUGCUUCAAAUUCUUGUUCAUUUGUUUUGGUCACACUGUAUCAGAUGUUGGUUGUCUCUGUUUCUGUACUACCUUGAUAUGUUUUUUUUUUUUUUUUUUUUUUUUUUUGGUUUUGUGCAACUGAGAACUGACACACAUUUCAUAAUGAUGUACUGUAACAGUACCACACAAUGUAACCUCACAAAUAACCACAGAAUUGGGUCAACCAGUUGCAUGCAGUUUCAGUAAACAUAACACAGUACAUUAAAAUUAAAUUUAUCUAUCUAUCUAGAUAGAUAGAUAAAUUUAAUUUUAACCAAUUUUAUUUUGUCCAUUAUACAGAUUUGUACUUUCCCUUGAAACUUGAUGCAGAAUGUAAAUAAAUUGGGUUAAAUUG